GAGGAGUCUGGGGUGAAGACAGAGUCUGAAGUGCAAAGAGAAGUCCAAGGUAGGAGAAGGAGCCUACGAUCGGAGGAGGAGGAUCUCGGAGUUCAAGGAGGAGUCUGCAGCCAAACAGGGCCUGGGGAUGAACCAUGGGCUGGGGUUUUCAGAGGAGUCUGGGGUGAAGACAGAGUCUGAAGUCCAAAGAGAAGUCCAAGGUAGGAGAAGGAGCCUACGAUCGGAGGAGGAGGAUCUCGGAGUUCAAGGAGGAGUCUGCAGCCAAACAGGGCGUGGGGAUGAACCAUGGGCUGGGGUUUUCAGAGGAGUCUGGGGUGAAGACAGAGUCUGAAGUGCAAAGAGAAGUCCAAGGUAGGAGAAGGAGCCUACGAUCGGAGGAGGAGGAUCUCGGAGUUCAAGGAGGAGUCUGCAGCCAAACAGGGCCUGGGGAUGAACCAUGGGCUGGGGUUUUCAGAGGAGUCUGGGGUGAAGACAGAGUCUGAAGUCCAAAGAGAAGUCCAAGGUAGGAGAAGGAGCCUACGAUCGGAGGAGGAGGAUCUCGGAGUUCAAGGAGGAGUCUGGGGUUCGAGGAAACUGGGGUCAGAGACAGGUUCUGAGGUCCAGAAGGAUUUGCGGUCAGUGAAAGGAUCCGUGGCCCGGAAAGGAAGCCUGGGGUUUGAGGAGGAUACUAGCUGGAUUCAGACUGGAAGGAGGAAGGGUUUUGGUCCCCGGGCUGCGUAAAGUGCAGAGCCACUGAAGUCUCGCUUGCCGCGCGCUCUCCCCUCGACCCUGCGCUGCCUUUCCGGCUCUCCAUCCACGCGCACCUGCGUCCCAGCUGCGGGCUGACAGCGCUGAGCAGGCCUGGGAGAGUCAGACCGGGACAUGGCCGAGGGCGGGGAGAGGCGCCCCCUCCCGGCUGUCCCGGAGCUCACGCCCCGCCCUCCGCCCUCCCACUCCCCCGCCGCAGCCACUUCCGGCAGGCGCUGCGCUGCUGGGGGGCGCGGGCGAGGAUGGCGGCGGAGAACGAGGCCAGCCAGGAGAGCGCCCUGGGCGCCUACUCGCCGGUGGACUACAUGAGCAUCACCAGCUUCCCGCGGCUGCCCGAGGACGAGCCGGCGCCCGCGGCCCCGCUGAGGGGCCGCAAGGACGAGGACGCCUUUCUCGGAGACCCCGACACCGACCCAGACUCCUUCCUGAAGUCGGCGCGGCUGCAGCGGCUGCCUUCGUCGUCUUCGGAGAUGGGCAGCCAAGACGGGUCACCGCUACGCGAGACGCGCAAAGACCCGUUCUCCGCGGCAGCGGCCGAGUGCUCCUGCCGCCAGGACGGGCUCACGGUCAUCGUCACAGCCUGCCUCACCUUCGCCACCGGUGUCACCGUGGCGCUGGUCAUGCAGAUCUACUUCGGGGACCCCCAGAUCUUCCAGCAGGGUGCUGUGGUGACGGAUGCUGCUCGCUGCACUUCACUGGGCAUCGAGGUGCUCAAUAAACAGGGAUCUUCUGUGGAUGCAGCUGUGGCAGCAGCCUUGUGUUUGGGAAUCGUGGCUCCGCACAGUUCUGGCCUGGGCGGUGGGGGCGUGAUGCUGGUACAUGACAUCCGUCGAAAUGAGAGCCACCUAAUUGAUUUCCGGGAGUCCGCACCGGGGGCCCUCAGGGAAGAGACCCUGCAAAGAUCCUGGGAGACCAAGGUGGGGACCCUGCCUGGGCUCUUGGUGGGGGUUCCCGGAAUGGUGAAGGGGCUACAUGAAGCUCACCAGCUCUAUGGCAGGACUCUCCUUCCCAGGAACCCCCCUCCCCCCAGGACCCCUCCUCCUUCCCCCAGGACCUCCUCCACCCCCUGCUCUCCGGCCCCCCCCAGGCUGCCAUGGUCCCAAGUCCUGGCCUUCGCAGCAGCUGUGGCCCAAGAUGGCUUCAACGUGACUCAUGAUCUAGCCCGUGCCCUGGCUGAACAGCUGCCACCCAACAUGUCCGAGCACUUCCAAGAGACAUUCCUGCCAUUGGGCCGCCCGCCACUACCUGGCUCGCUGCUGCGUCGGCCCGACCUGGCUGAGGUGCUGGAUACACUUGGCACCUCUGGCCCGGCCGCCUUCUACGCUGGCGGCAACCUCACUCUGGAGAUGGUAGCCGAGGCUCAGCAUGCAGGGGGUGUCAUAACCGAAGAGGACUUCAGCAAUUACAGCGCCCUUGUGGAGAAGCCUGUGUGUGGCGUGUACAGAGGCCACCUGGUUCUCAGUCCCCCACCCCCGCACACGGGCCCUGCCCUCAUCAGUGCUCUCAACAUCCUGGAGGGCUUCAAUCUCACCAGUCUGGUAUCCCGAGAACAGGCUCUUCACUGGGUGGCAGAGACCCUGAAGAUUGCGUUAGCCCUGGCCAGCAGACUGGGAGAUCCCAUCUAUGAUUCUACCAUCACUGAGAGCAUGGAUGACAUGCUCAGCAAGGUGGAGGCUGCCUACCUCCGGGGCCAUAUCAAUGACUCCCAGGCAGCCCCUGCCCCGCUCCUGCCUGUCUAUGAGCUAGACGGAGCUCCCACAGCUGCCCAGGUGCUGAUCAUGGGACCUGAUGACUUCAUUGUGGCCAUGGUUAGCUCCCUGAACCAGCCCUUUGGCAGCGGCCUUAUCACCCCCUCGGGGAUCCUGCUCAACAGCCAGAUGCUAGACUUCUCAUGGCCCAACCGGACAGCUAACCACUCUGCGCCUAGCCUGGAGAACUCAGUGCAGCCAGGGAAGCGGCCACUCUCUUUCCUGCUGCCCACAGUGGUCCGACCCGCGGAGGGGCUCUGUGGAACCUACCUCGCUCUGGGGGCCAAUGGAGCUGCCCGGGGCCUCAGCGGCCUGACCCAGGUUCUGCUGAAUGUCCUGACCUUGAACCGGAACCUGAGUGACAGCCUAGCCCGAGGCCGCCUACAUCCGGACCUGCAGUCCAACCUCCUGCAGGUGGACAGUGAGUUCACAGAGGAAGAGAUUGAGUUCCUGGAAGCCAGGGGUCACCACGUGGAGAAAGUAGAUGUCUUAUCCUGGGUCCAUGGCAGCCGAAGGACCAACAACUUCAUCAUCGCUGUUAAAGACCCUCGGAGCCCAGAUGCAGCUGGAGCCACCAUCCUGUAGAGCAGCGGGGUGGGGUGGGGUCUCUGCUCCCCCACUUUGCAUGUUCCCAGAGUCCCUCCUUCUCCCAGGUUUGGUCUCAGGGGGACCCCAGGGGUGCCCCCGAUCAGGGGCCAGAGGGGAUGCUUAGCAAACCCAAUCCCAGAGUAACUGGAAAAUUCUCCAUCAGGAGGCCUGUGGUGGUGGUGGUGAGUGUCAGUAUCCACAACCAGGCAGGCAGGACCUUGAGGAGUCAGACUAUCUGUGUGUCUCCUCACCUCCUUCAGCCAUGCUGGCCCUGAGAUUAGGGAUGUGCUUGCAAACCCUUCUCAAGGGUCUAACAACCCCAUCUUCAGACUGGCCUGACCUGGGCCUUGUCUUCCAGUUCCCUUCUCCUAUUCCCAGCCUCAUUUCUUAAAUGACUAGGAAUUUUUUAAUGGACCAUCAUAGGGAGGGGGCGCUCCUCUUUUCCCACCAGGUUGAGGUGGGGGCCUUGCAUCUGGGGGUCCCCAGGGUAUGGGGUAGGGGUGGGGGUUGGGACCAGCUCAGGGGCUUCCAUUUGCAAAGGGGAAUUAAAGAAAGGAUGUUGCUUA